GCAACUCUGGGGGCUUUCGGCCCGUGGUGAUGGGCUCGGUUGGCGUCUGGCUCCCAUUUAGUGGUUCGCUUCAGGGGGCCCUGGACAUUCGUGGUUGCGCGCUCGCCCCUCUCGGGCCGAGGUGAGGUCUAAUACUUGGCGAAGUAUUUCCCGGCCACAGGGCAGCCGGGGCCAGGAGCGGAACGACGAGCGGCUUGAGGUGGAGAAGUGGCUUUGACUGUCAGCUCGCCCGCGUCGGGACGAGCCGGGAGCGCCGCCCUCGGGUCUAGCGGGAGGCGUGGAGAACGGGGCGGAGUCUGUGAGGCUGAGGCGCGGCGGUGGGAGGAUCGGGCAACCCCGGCCGAGCUCCGGCGGCGCGAGCGGGGCCUGCACCGAACCGGUGCGGCAUCUCCUUUCCUCGCACCCUCGUGCAGUCCCGGGUUGGAGAAGGACCCGGGAGUCACGCAGUUCUCGGCCCCUAUUUGAAACCUGUCUCCCGGUGUACCCCCAAGGAGAUGAUUCCUGAGCACCUGGGAACCCUGAGGCUUUCCGAGGGGGCUGCAGGAAAUAAAUCUGCAGUAUCGAAUCCAGAAGCUGAACUUGGAAGGUUAACCACUGCCCAUUUCACAGAAUAUUUAAUGAAUUUGUGGAUUCAGAAAUGGAGUCGAUUUUUAUUUUUAUAAAGACAUUGGCAGUGGUGUGAUACGACUAUAAAUGCUCAUUUGAUGAAGAUGUAUGUGCCUGUUUUGUGAAUGGACUAGUGUAAUUUCUGAAAGUUUUUUUAUGGCACAGUUUCUAUUUGAAUAUUCAAGUAUCAAGGAAUACCGGAUUUAGAAUGUAUAAUGAUGGUGUAUUUUCUUUGAGGACUUCCCAAUUUCAUAGAGACCACAGUUGGAUUCCAGUUACAUUCUCCAAUCAAAGUGGCACAUAUUCAGUCUUUUGAUAAACUUAAUUUUGAAGAAUUUUAUGUUUGCCGACAACACCAAAGAAUGGGAGAAAAAAAUGGUGAUGCAAAAGCUUUCUGGAUGGAGCUAGAAGAUGAUGGAAAAGUGGACUUCAUGUUUGAAAAAGUACAAAAUGUGCUACAGUCAUUAAAACAGAAGAUCAAAGAUAGGUCAGCUACAAAUAAAGAGUAUAUCCAAGCAAUGAUUCUAGUGAAUGAAGCAACUAUAAGUAACAAUUCAACAUUGGUAAAGGAUUAUAAGCAUAUGAUUAAGAAUGAAAAGGAAAACAAAUCAAAUGUAUUUCCUUCUACAUCAUAUGAGAACUCCUUUACAGAAGACAGUAUACUUCAAUCUUCUGAAAAGCAGGAAGUUUUCCCUGUGGAACAUGUAAGCCCUGGAGAAAAAGAAAAAGAAUCACCUUUGAAAUUAUCUUACAAAAUUCAUGACUGUUCUGGUGCUUGUCUGAUCAAAAUGCCAGCAACCUUCAAGGGAGAAAACCCUCUACAGCUGCCAAUUAAGUGUCACUUCCAAAGACGACAUGCUAAGACAAACUCUCAUUCUUCUGCACUCCAUGUGAGUUACAAAACUCCUUGUGGAAAGAGUCUACGAAACAUGGAGGAAGUCUUUCAUUACCUGCUUGAAACAGAGUGCAACUUUUUAUUUACAGACAAUUUUUCUUUCAAUACCUAUGUACAAUUGACUCGGAAUCACCCCCGGGAAGCUGUUGUUAUUUCUGAUGCAGAUAUUAGUAAUGGUGUGGAAUCAGUGCCUGUUUCUUUCUGUAAUGAAAUUGACAGUAGACAACUUCCACAGUUUAAGUACAGAAAGACUGUGUGGCCACGAGCAUGUUAUCUAAACAACUUUUCCAACAUGUUUACUGAUUCAUGUGACUGUUCUGAGGGCUGCAUAGACAUAACAAAAUGUGCAUGUCUUCAACUGACUUCAAGGAAUGCCAAAACAUGUCUCUUGUCAAGGGAUAGAAUAAGUACUGGAUAUAAAUAUAAAAGACUACAGAGGCAAAUACCUACUGGCAUCUAUGAAUGCAACCUUUUAUGCAAAUGUAAUCGACAAAUAUGUCAAAACCGAGUUGUCCAACAUGGUCCUCGAGUGAGGCUGCAGGUAUUCAGGACUGAGAAGAAGGGAUGGGGAGUACGAUGCCUUGAUGACCUUGACAGAGGAACAUUUAUUUGCAUUUAUUCAGGAAGAUUGCUAAGCCGAGAUAACACUGGGAAACCUAAGGCUAGAGAUGAAAGUGGAAAAGAAGAAGAUAUUAUAAAAAAUACCUGUUCCAAAAAGAGGAAAAUAGAAGUUGCAAGUUCAGAUUGUGAGGUUGAAAUUAUCCCAGUAGAACUGGAAAAACCUGCUACAAAUGCUAAAGCUGAGGAACAUCUACCUCAGUUUAGUGGUAAUCCAAAAGAGCCUAUUACGAAAAUGAAUUCUAACAGUAUUUCAAGAACUUAUUCAGUUAUUAGAAGUCCUAAAUCCAAGACAGCCACUUUUCAACGCAAUGGGAAAAAGAUGGAAGUACAGAUACCUUUCUUAUUUUCUUGUAAGGGAUUUGUUUCCUUGGAGUCUGCCAUCUCAGAAGAUAACUGUGGAUUUAAAGUAGCUCAAGAACAUAUGGUCUUGAAAGCCAGGGGAGCACAAGGCGACUCGAAUUCAAACCUGUUUGAAGAUUCUAAAGACAAACAGCUGAUUGAAUCAAAUGUGAUAGAUAUAACUAAAUGUAGAGAAGAAAUUCCACAAGGAGGUAGAUGUAACCAAGCAGCCGUAUUGGAUAUUGAGAAUAUUAAAAAGAAAUUUGUGAUUCAAAUACAAAAGUCCCAAGAGGAAAAUCCUUCAGCAUAUCAAAACAAGCAAGUCUUUUGUGAAGAGUUGUCAAGUGAAAUCAAGAAUACUUCAUCUGAUUCUUUAAUGAAGUUCAACGAGGGGAGUGUGUUUUUAUUGGAUGCCUCAAAAGAAGGAAAUGUGGGCCGCUUCCUUAAUCAUAGUUGUUGUCCAAAUCUCUUGGUACAGAAUGUUUUUGUAGAAACACACGACAGGAAUUUUCCAUUGGUGGCAUUCUUCACCAACAGGUAUUUGAAAGCAAGAACAGAACUAACAUGGGAUUAUGGUUAUGAAGCUGGAACUAUGCCUGACAAGGAAAUCCUCUGCCAGUGUGGGGUUAAUAAUUGUAGGAAAAAAAUAUUAUAAACAUGUAGAUAAUGCCUGAAAUUAGAGCUGUCAGUUAUCAGUGGAAUUAAUUUAGGUUGAUGUCCACCAAAGUAAUUCCUCUGUUUAUCCUGAUUGGGGGAAUCCAUAUUUUAAUUAACUUAGAAAUGCCAGGAACACAAUAAGGACAUUUUCAUAUGCAUUGGGUAUCUCAUUUUUACUGCUGUUUAGCUUUACCUGAAUAAAAUGGGAAUAUAUUUUAUAUGAAUUUAUCACUGUACAAUUUUUAACUUAUUUGUAAAUUGUAUAUU